AUGGGUUUCAUUGCCCCCUCGACGUAUGGCAUCGAUUGGUGCAUCUUGACAUUACAGUUCCUGGACGAGUCUAGCGAACUUCGUUCUCAAUAUACAGAGCAUGUAUCUCCGUUCAAUAGCCCACUGGUCAGUUAUGACGAAUCUUCGAAGCCAGGCUCAACCAAAAGUGGACGAAGCCCGCGCGGUGUUGCUUCCCCACCCUAUACAGCCGUGACACCUACCGAUGGCUUCACAGUGCUUUCACUACUGAAUUCUGAAUCGCCUAGUCAGCCGCAGCAGCAAAGGAUCCUACCAAGAUCUCAUCAUGAAGACCACUCCCCGCUUGAUAAUAUGCAGGGAACGGAGUCCAGUACAUUCGUGUACCAACAGCCGCCAGGCCAGCCUAUAUUAUGGCCGCUAGAGCAUGAACAGGAAGCUAUGUUGCUACAGCAUUACAUCGACAACGUCGCGCUGUUCUUCGACAUGGUCGACAAUGAGUGCCAUUUCGGUGUACAUGUGGUUCAGAGAGCGAAGAAGAAUAGCACGCUGAUGAAUGCUAUACUCGCAUUGUCUGCACGGCAACUAAGCCGCACUACAGACUUUGACCCAUAUAUCGCAGACGCAUACUACCAGCGAUGCUUCGACACUUUAAUCCCUGCUCUCAACGAAAACGUUGCUAUUAAGGAGGAGUCGCUGUUAGCGGCCACAAUUAUUCUGCGUCUACUCGAGGAGAUGAAUAUUUCUGUCAUCGGAUCUGACCCUCAAGGUCAUCUCUUCGGUACUCAAGCCAUCAUACGUGCUGCCGAACAGUCAUAUGCGGCCACUACUGGACCUAGUUUUCGACAAGCUAUCUAUUGGGCAGCAUUCCGGCAAGAAUUAUGGAUAUCUCUCAUGACGCAACGAGCUUUCCAGUUACACAUCUUCCCAGCCGACCGUUCACUCGAGCCUGCUAAUGACUCUAUAUGGGCCACCCGCACCAUAGCGCAUUUGGGAGACGUGUGUAAUUUCGCAUUCGGUGAAGGAAGGCACAGCAUCGCUCGGUAUAAUCAACUGAUGGACGAGAAUAAAUCGUGGAAGUCACGCAGACCCGAGAGCUUUGAUCCCUUCUUCUACCGCCAGGACCGAGAUGGAAGUGGAAGGAAUUUUCCAGAUAUACGGCUUCACGAAAAGGCUCAUGUCAUGGGUAUGCAAUACAACACGCUCGCACACAUGCUUUUGGUUGUCCACGAUCCUGCCAUACCUCAACUAGGGCCAGCGCACAAACAAUCUCGAGCAGUGGUCGAUAAGAUAGUCCAGGAAGAUGUGCGCACGCUCAGCGGCGUUGCACUAUCAAACCCAAAGGUGUUUCCUGGCAAGUUCGUGGCAUGUUUUGCUGUCGCAUUAGUCGGGGAUCGCUUCACUGUCCGGGAUGAUCAAGAAAUGCUGCGUGACCUCUGGUUCGCCUGUGAACGCUCUCACGGAUUUCCUCCAACAGCUACGAUUCAUCAAUUGGAAGAGUCUUGGGGUUGGCAUCAUGGCUGA